AUGACUUCCACCUGCUGUGUCACCAAUAGCUUGCAAACCUCAGUCAAGAGCUAUCCCCGGCCUUCCUCCGUCUGCUUGGGCAGUGUGAGCUGCCGGCCUGAGCCGUGCCUGGGCUAUGUCUGCCAGCCUGUGGCACGCCUGCCCUCUGCCUGUGUGCCCACCACCUUUCGGCCAGCCAGUUGUGUCUCCAAGACCUUCCUAUCCAGCUCCUGUUGGCCCAGCAGCUGCCGGCCAGCCAGUGGCAUCCUCAGCUUCAUGGGUCCCAGUGGCUGGUACGGUGAAGGGGCCUUCAGUGGCAGCGAGAAGGAGACCAUGCAGUUUCUGAACGAACGCCUGGCCAGCUACUUGGAGAAGGUGCGGCAGCUGGAGCAGGAGAAUGCGGAGCUGGAGGGCAAGAUCCAAGAGGCCUCCCAGACCCAGGUGCUCACCACGUGUCCUGACUACCAGUCUUAUUUCAGGACCAUCGAGGAGCUUCAGCAGAAGGUUCUGUGCACCAAGGCAGAGAACGCCAGGAUGGUUGUGCAUAUUGAUAAUGCCAAGCUGGCUGCUGAUGACUUCAGGACCAAGUAUGAGGCAGAGCUGGCCAUGCGGCAGCUGGUGGAGGCCGACAUCAGUGGUCUGCGCAGAAUCCUGGAUGACCUGACCUUGUGCAAGGCUGACCUGGAGGCCCAGGUGGAGUCCCUGAAGGAGGAGCUGCUCUGUCUCAAGAAGAACCACGAGCAGGAAGUCAGUGCCCUCCGAUGCCAGCUUGGGGACCGCCUUAACAUUGAGGUGGAUGCCGCACCCCCUGUGGAUCUGACCAGGGUGCUGGAGGAGAUGCGAUGUCAGUAUGAGGCCAUGGUGGAGACCAACCGCAGGGACGUGGAGGAUUGGUUCAACAUGCAGAUGGAGGAGCUGAACCAGCAGGUGGCCACAAGCUCCGAGCAGCUUCAGAGCUACCAGUCGGACAUAAUUGAUCUGAGACGGACAGUCAACACGCUGGAGAUCGAGCUACAGGCCCAGCACAGCCUGAGGGACUCUCUAGAAAACACGCUGGCGGAGACAGAGGGCCGCUACAGCUCCCAGCUGGCCCAGGUGCAGUGCAUGGUGACCAACGUGGAGGCCCAGCUGGCGGAGAUCCGCUGUGACUUGGAGCGGCAGAACCAGGAGUACCAGAUGCUGCUGGACGUGCGGGCCCGGCUGGAGGGCGAGAUCAACACAUACCGGGGCCUGCUGGAGAGCGAGGACUGCAAGCUGCCUGAGAACCCCUGCACCACUUCUUCCUGCCCCCCCUGUGCUCCCUCCACCUGCGUACCACAGACCAUCUGCGUGCCCCGCACCAUCUGUGUUCCUUGUGUGCCCUGUCCCCAAGGGCGCUACUGA